AAUGUUGCUUUCAGGAACUGCCUCUCCCUGUCCUGGUGGCCUGUGGGCCGAGAGGUCUGUGUCACCUCCACUGCAAGGGUCGUAGGUGGCAGGCGAGGAACGCCUGGGUUCUGGCAGCUCGCCAGGCCCGCGACCUUCGGCCCUGAGGCCACUUGGGCGGCCGCGCCUCCUGGACGGGAGGAGAGGACGCCUGGUUCCCCUGGCUGGGAGCCUCUGCCGGCGGCUCCGCUAUGGGCUCGCGCAGCUCCCACGUUGCGCUCAUUCCCGACGUGGACCACAUUCUCAGAGAGACGGGCUUCUCGCAAGCUAGCCUGCUCCGCCUCUACCACCGCUUCCAAGCCCUGGACAGGGAGGAAAAGGGCUUCUUGAGCCGCCUAGACCUGCAGCAGAUUGGGGCGCUGGCUGUGAACCCUCUGGGGGACCGCAUUAUAGACAGCUUCUUCCCCAACGGGAGUCAGAGAGUGGAUUUCGCAGGCUUUGCCAGGGUCCUGGCUCAUUUUCGACCUGUAGAUGAAGAAGAUGCAGCAAUCCGAGACCCCAAGCAACCCGAACCCCUAAACAGCAGAAUGAACAAACUUCGCUUUGCAUUUCAGCUCUAUGAUCUGGAUCGGGAUGGGAAGAUCUCCAGGAAUGAAAUGCUACAGGUUCUCCGGCUUAUGGUUGGGGUUCAGGUGACGGAUGAGCAGUUGGAGAGCAUCACAGACCGCACAGUGCAGGAAGCUGAUGAAGAUGGGGAUGGGGCAGUGUCCUUCAUGGAGUUCACGAAGUCUUUAGAGAAGAUGAACAUCGAACAAAAAAUGAGCAUCCGGAUCCUGAAGUGACUCCUGUGCCUUUGGCCCAUGCAAACCUCUAUGGGCUUGGAACUUAUCCUCAGGCUACCCUCCACCUCCCAGAGGCAGGGUCACCAUAAGCUAUAUUCUUCUUCUUUUCUUUGUCCUUUUUUUCCCCAACUGAGACAAGGUU